AUGCCUUCCACCAAAGAAACUGGCAGCGCUGCGCGCCCGUUCCCUACUAUCAAGCACGUGCGGACAUUCCUCACACGAGGCCCUGGUAGUGGUGGUGAUUACCACAAUGUCGAGGGCGGCCAUUGGUUGAUCGACUCCAAGAUCUCGACCCCAAUGAGCCAGUAUGAGCAGUACCGAACGUCAAGGACAAGCUGGGGAAUCAAUGUCCUGGGAUCAUUCUGUGUGGAGAUUGAGGCUACUGAUGGGACCAAAGGCUUUGCCACUGGUUUUGGAGGGCCCCCAGCGUGCUGGCUGGUAGCCGAGCAUUUUGAGCGAUUCUUAAUUGGUCAAGAUCCACGGGAUACAAACCACCUUUUUGAGCAGAUGUACCGUGGCUCUAUGUUCUACGGCAGAAAGGGACUCCCAGUCGCCGUCAUCUCGGUGAUUGACCUUGCUAUUUGGGAUCUUCUCGGCCAUAUCCGCCAAGAGCCAGUUUACAAGAUGAUUGGUGGAGCUACACGAGAGCGCCUCAACUUCUAUUGCACCGGGCCGGAGCCAGCAGCAGCAAAGGCUAUGGGCUUCAUUGGUGCUAAAGUGCCACUUCCAUAUGGCCCUGGUGAGGGUGUCGAAGGUUUGAAGAAGAAUGUCGAGUUCCUCACGAAGCACCGUGAGAGUGUCGGACCCGAUUUCCCGUUGAUGGUCGACUGUUACAUGUCUCUCAACGUAUCCUACACCAUCGAGGUUGUCAAGGCCACUGAACACCUCAACCUUAAUUGGUGGGAGGAAUGCCUGUCUCCCGAUGACACGGACGGUUUCGAACAGAUCAAACGUGCUCAUCCUCGUAUGAAGUUCACAACUGGCGAGCACGAAUACAGCAGAUAUGGUUUCCGAAAGCUGAUCGAGGGCCGCAAUCUGGACAUCUUGCAGCCCGAUGUGAUGUGGGUAGGAGGCAUGACGGAGCUUCUCAAGAUUGCAGCGAUGGCCUCUGCAUACGACAUUCCUGUCGUCCCUCACGCCAGUGGACCAUACUCUUACCACUUUGUUGUGACCCAGCCGCAGUCACCCUUCCAAGAAUACCUUGCGAACAGCCCGGACGGCAAGUCAGUUCUACCGGUGUUUGGCGACUUGUUCCUGAACGAGCCCGUACCGACCAAGGGUUACUUGGACGUCAAGACGCUUGAUCUCCCCGGCUUUGGUCUGGUACUGAACCCCAAUGCCGGCCUCAUCGACGCCAGCCGCAUUCUCAACCCUGCGCCUGUCAAGUCACUGAAGUCAAUCGAGGAACAGCAGGCAGAAAAAGUUGACGCUAAUGGCACAUUUGGUGUAUGCAGUGCAAUUGCGCCGCAUUACGUGCAGCAUGCAGCGGGACUUUUUGCUCGCUGCCCGGUACCGGUAAUUGCCUUUGACGAUUCUGGCGUUGGUGGACUGGUCGUUGCGAGGAAUCGUACUGCCAGCUCAAGUACUGUCGGCAGCAAGACCCUUGCCUUCACCCCACCAUUGCCCCGCCAAAACAACAUCAUGGAGGCUGUUAAGGACACUAUCCACAGUGCGCUCGAGAAGCUUCACAUUACAGGAGGGUCUGCUCAAGGUGCCUCCGUCAAGGAGCCCUCUGAGCAGGAGUUCAAUCAGUUGAGAUCCAAGUAUGAGAAGGCUGGACAGGAACAAGUCUUUGCAUUCUACGACAAGCUCUCUACCGCUGAGAGGGCCGGCCUUUUCGAGCAACUGAGCAACUUCAAUCCCGACUACAUCAACGAAAUCACCGAGCGUGCACUGCACCCCGCCAAGUCAGAGUCCACCGAAGCUGAUAAACUCGAGCCGCUGCCACAAGAUGCCACAUCUUCCAUCCUCGACUCUUCGCAGGAGAACCUCGACAAAUGGUAUGAAAGUGGUCUAGCUUUGAUCGCGGAGAACAAGGUAGCCGUCGUCUUGAUGGCUGGUGGCCAGGGCACACGCUUGGGUAGCUCUGCGCCCAAAGGCUGCUUUGAUAUUGGGCUCCCCAGUAAGAAGAGCCUUUUCCAGCUACAGGGUGAAAGAAUCAAGAAAGCGGAGCUGCUAGCAGCAAAGAAGCAUGGCAAGGACAGCGUCAUCAUUCCCUGGUAUGUCAUGACCAGUGGACCUACUCGAGGACCCACUGCCAAGUUCUUCGAGGAACACAAUUUCUUCGGCCUCAAGAAGGAGAACGUCGUGAUCUUUGAGCAAGGUGUUCUACCAUGUAUUUCAAAUGAAGGCAAGAUCCUGCUCGAGAGCAAGUCCAAGGUUGCUGUCGCUCCUGAUGGCAACGGAGGUCUUUACCAGGCUCUGAUCCAGUCUGGCGUUGUCCAAGAUAUGGGCAAGCGAGGAAUCAAACACAUCCACGCUUACUGCGUCGACAACUGCCUUGUCAAGGUAGCAGACCCUGUCUUCAUUGGUUUCUCGGCAUCGAAGAAUGUCGAUAUUGCCACCAAGGUCGUUCGCAAGCGUAAUGCGAAAGAAUCGGUGGGCCUUAUCUUGCAGAAGAAUGGAAAGCCCGACGUUGUGGAAUACAGCGAAAUCUCUACCGAAGACGCCGAAGCGAAGGAUCCCAAGGACUCUGAGCUACUGAAGUUCCGCGCCGCCAACAUUGUCAACCACUAUUAUUCAUUCAGCUUCCUUGAGAGCAUUCCCGAGUGGGCGAAGAAGCUGCCCCACCACAUUGCCCGCAAGAAGAUUCCACAUGUCGAUACGGAGACUGGCGAGACUGUUAAGCCGGAAAAGCCAAAUGGCAUCAAGUUGGAGCAGUUUGUAUUUGACUGUUUCCCAUUCCUUACACUUGACAAGUUUGCAUGCAUGGAGGUCAAGCGUGAGGACGAGUUCUCACCUCUCAAGAACGCGAGGGGAACUGGCGAGGAUGACCCAGAUACGAGCAAGCAGGACAUCAUGAGCCAGGGUAAGAAGUGGGUGCAAGCUGCGGGAGCUACUGUUGUGAGCGAAGAUCCCAAGGCGGGCGUCGAAGUGUCACCACUCAUCUCCUACGGCGGAGAAGGCCUCGACUUCCUCAAGGCGCGCACGAUCAAAGCGCCUGCAGUGAUUGAGUCUGAGGAGCCUCGGGACUAG